AUGUCGCGGCUAGGAAAGCUGGAUGAGUACGACCCGAAGGUCCAAAAUUUUGAAUCGUACGUGGAACGUUUCGAACACUACGUGACCGCGAAUGACAUUGCUGCAGAAAAGAGGCUGCCAGUUUUCUUGACAGCAAUUGGCGCGGAGGCGUAUGAAGUAGUGAAGAAUUUGGUAGUCCCCGCGCUGCCAGGGGAAAAAACUUACGAGGAAAUAAAGGUUCUCCUGAAGAACCACUACUGUCCGAAAACGUCCGUAAUUGCGGAAAGGUGCAAAUUUAAUCGGCGAGUACAACUUGAACAAGAGUCCGUGGAAGACUUUAUCGUCGAACUAAAACACCUUGCUCGAAAAUGCAAUUUCGGGGAAUUCCUCAGGGACGCCCUGCGUGACAGGCUGGUAGCAGGGAUUCGAAGCGAAGAUACGCAAAGAGCGCUGUUCGUAGAAGAAGCUUUAACGUUUGACAGCGCCUGGAAAAUAGCCCUCGACAGGGAAUUGGCCGCAAGGCAAACCGCCGCGAUACAAGAGGGAACCAGGAGCGGGUCAAUCAACGCCAUGAAAACAAGCGAACGGCCCGUCACAAAGACUACAAGCUCAACUAGACAGGAAGGCAAGAAACAAAAGUGCUUCCGUUGCGGCAAGGCGCAUGCGGCGGAAAACUGCUGGUAUAAGACCUAUGCGUGCAAGAAAUGUUCUAAAGUAGGUCAUCUUCAAAACAUGUGCCGAGCCAGCAAAGAGGAAUUAAAAGCGCACCGCGUAUCUGAGUCGUCCGAGGACGACGAGAACACGUUGUACAAUUGCACAGUGAACUCAGUGGCUAAGAAAGGUUACAUAGUAACCAUGAAUGUGGAAGGUCAGGAUCUACAAAUGCAGGUAGACACGGGAGCCGCGGUGACUAUUGUACCAGAAAGUGUGUACAAAGCUAAACUGUCGCAUGUGAAAUGUGAGCCCAGUGUUAUAGUUUUGAAAACAUACACGGGCCAGAAAAUGCAUGUCGUGGGAGAGUGCACUGUGAACGCGCGCUAUGAAGGGCAGACAGCUGUUUUACCGAUUGUUGUCGUGCGAAAAGGAUAG